AUGCGUCCCUCAGCAGCACUUCUCACGGCGGCCGCCCUGUUCGGCGGCAUCGCCACGUCCGAGGUGCCCUACUCGCGCCGCAUGCUGGACAGCAUCAAGCAGCGCCAGCAGGGCAUCGUCUCCUCGGGCGCCGUCACGAGUACCCUCGAGAGCGGGCUCCUGGCGCAGGCCAUCGAGGCCGUCCUGGCCCAGCAUCCCGACGCCCAGCACCCCGACGUCCGGCGCAGCGACGAGGCCUUCCUCGCCGCCGUGCUCGACGGCACCGCGAGGCCCUUUGCCCACAACGCAACCUGGGCCGCCACCCAGCCGCUCGACCGCUUCUCCCUCGCCCGGUCCAUCGAGCAGGCCGCGGCCGCCGGCGUCGCCGUCUCCGACUCGGCGCGCGCCGCCUACACGGCCAUCAACGACUCGCUCGCCCUGCAGGUCCGCAACCCGGACGGCGGCCUGUGGUACUACGUCUACCCGCACUGGAGCUAUCUCGACGGCAUGUUCUCGCUGCUGCCCUUCAUGGCCAAGGCCCCGCGGCGCAACGAGACCGACAUGGAACUGCAAAUCGCCCUGCUGCAGGCGCACUGCCGCACCGCCACCAACGACUCCCUCCUCGUCCACGGCUACGACUGGUCCCGCACCGCCGUCUGGGCCGAUCCCGUCACCGGAGCCAGCCCCUAUGUCUGGGGCCGCUCGCUGGGCUGGUUCCUCGCCGCCAUGGUCGAGACAUACCAUCUCCUGGCCUGCCCCGACGAUGCGUCGGGAAAGCUCUGCACCCGCAUCCACCACCUCGCCAACGGCAUCUCGAAGUCGCUCGUCGACUACGCCGAUGCCGCCUCCGGUGCCUGGUGGCAGCUCACGGCCCUGGGCGGGAGCCCCGGCAACUACCUCGAAAGCUCCAGCACCGCCCUCUUCAUCUUCUCCUUGCUCAAGGGCCGCCGCAUCGGCCUCCUCUCCGCCGCCGGGCCCGACUACAGCAAGGUCGCGCUGCGGGCCUACGACUACACCGUCGGCAACUUUGUCACCGACGUGGGAUGCGCCAACGGCACCAUUGGCUUCGACAAGACGGUGGCUGUCAACAGCCUCAACUCGACCGCGUCUUACGACUACUACAUCAACCGGCCGAUUAUACCCAACAGCCUGCUCGGAGAGGGAGCCUUUAUCCUGGCUUCUCUCGAGGUGGAGAGGCUUCACGGCGCGGCCUGUUAA